UUUCUACGUUUCUCACUUGUGAUUUUGUCACUUUAAAUUUUGUCAAAAGUUCAGUUUUUUUCAGAAUCUCGGUAAAGCACUUGAUUGUUUUGUAACUGUAUAACAGACUGGUUUUUUGAUAAUUCUCUACGGCGUAUAAUCCUGCAGUGUCCCGUGAGAGCCGUGUGUUUCCGUAUCGCCGUUUUCCUUUAACGACAGCUGGCUAAAUACGCAGCGUCGCUGUAACGGAAAGUGCCUCUUCUGGGUUCUCGCGCCGUACACUCCGUCGUUGCGGGGGAAAACACCGGGAAUCUUGGCGCAUUGUGAAGCGCGGAAAUCCCGCUGUUUGAAUCGGGCGUCGAGGCGCGAAAGCACGACCGUCAGACAGGCGCUGCAGCAUGGCGAAGACGGCCGUUGGCCCGGGUUCGCCGAGUCCGCUGAGCAGGAACGGCUGUUCUGUCGUCGUGUUGGCCGUAUCUCUCACCGGCCUUCUCUCCUCUUGGGACGGCGUCGCGGCGGUGGCCGCUGGGGAGCAGAAUAAGCUCAAUGUGCCGCGCGUGCUGCUGCCGCGCUCCGCCAAUGGCGUCGUCGCCAAUUUUACACUGCGCGUCACGGAGGACGGGGAGAAGGAGAGUGCGCGGUGCUAUACUUGGCGUUCCACUCGUACGGAUGUCGUGACCGUGACGCCGGUGCUGCUGGACGCCGACGGCAACGUGGCGCCCUCUUCCGCCGGGGUGAGCUGCUCCAGCGCCGCGGUCGUCUCGGCCGUUUCCAGUUCCGUAUCGCGGCUGACGAGUAUUAUCUGGGCCGAGCAUCCCUCGCAGUCUCUCCGCUGCGACGUGAUGAUCGACAGCAUCGCUUCGCUGGAGAUCUUCACCACCACGCGCAAACUCUUCCUGGAGGACGCACCGGAAGCCUUUGAGAUCAGCGCCAAGGACGUCAACGGGGAUCGAUUCUCCUCGCUGGAGGGUCUGGAGUUUGACUGGCGCAUCGAACACGACGUGCGCAAUGACUCCGUGUUCGUUGACGGGGCUAGCAUCAUAAAAUUCACGAAAUUCUCCGACUCGGAAUACCGACCACCGGCGUCCGUGGCCGCGUUGGAAGCCGUGAAUAAACGCGGCUAUAUGGUGCUGCUGGAGAGUUUGCAGACGGGAUCGGCGAUCGUCUCGGCUGCGUUAACCAGUCCCGUGUGGCGGGAGGUCGGGAAGGCGUCGGUGCGGCUGCUGGUGGUGGCCAACGUCGUCCUGCAGCCGGACUACGAUGUAUACUUAAUACCACAGGGCAGCGUGCAUUACCGGGUGAUGCAGAUUAAACAGUCCACCACGUCGUAUAUUCCGAUGCCGUCGCCGCAGUAUCAGCUACAGCUACGGGAUGACGGCGUCUGCAGUCUGGAUGAGAAGCACUCCAUUGUCGCCUGCACCGAACUGGGCAACACCGAGGUCCGCUUGAAAGACCGCAACGUCAUCGAAGGCGACACGGCGCACCCGUCCUCCCUCAUCCACGUGGUCCUGCCCGCUUACCUGAACUUGUUGGUGAAACCCGGCCGCGUGUGGGUGCUGCAGAAUCUCCGCGAAUAUGACUUCAUCGCGGAGCUGUAUGACCGCGAAAGCCACCUGAUAUUCCCCAGCGACAACCUGCGGAUCGAACUGCAAGUGGACCCGCUGUUCUUCCAAGUAAUCCGCACGGCGCAGAACGGCACCAUCAGUCACGUUAAAACCAUCAAGACCGGCAAGACGCAGAUUACGGCGCAGUUGCUGGGUGUAGUGCAGAAGAACGGGCAGCUGCACCGCUUUCCCAAUGCCAUUACCAAGGUGCAGACGGUGGAAAUUAAUGCGCCGGUCGUCGUCCGUCCGUCGCUGGUGCUCUUCCCCUCGGACGCGACUUCCCGGGACGCGAAACGGAGCUAUUCUAUGCAACUGCAGGCCAGCGGAGGCAGCGGCACCUUCACGUGGUCCACCGGCGACGGCAGCGUGUGCCAAGUGGACGCCUCCUCCGGACGCCUCACCUCUGGGAUGAAAGACGGGCAUACCGUCGUCACCGCGUACGAUGUCCGCAAUAACGAUCAUUCCGACAGCGCCAACAUCUACAUCCUCCCGGUCAGCGAUAUGAUUCUUCCCCCGGCGGUACGGGAAGCCGAAGUCGGUCAUAUUCUUGCCGUUCCCGUCGCUCUGCGCGGCCGCAUCCCCGGACAAGCUUCCCCGGUGGUCUUCACGGAUUGUCGGCACCUGAAUCUCAGUGUGUCGGUGGGCGAUGAAGAGGUCUUUGGGAUCGAACGUGCCAACCAGCCGGAGCUGUCGGCUGAUGCCUGCAGCGCGGUCUACCUGAAAGCACUGAAAGCUGGUUUCUCCACGGUGAAGGUGACGUACGUGUCCGGAGAGGAGGUGAUCAGUGCGGAGGCGACGGUCGGCGCGUUCGAUGCCAUGGAAGCGGUGGACGGGGAGAAGGAGGUGGUGCUGGCCAUCGGCAGCAGCCGCGUUCUGCAAUUCCGUGGAGGACCCUUGCCAUGGAUCCGCGAUCCCGAACAUCACCGCAUCACCGCCAGUGAGGACGGCGCCCGCAUUGUCCGCGCGCAGACCCUCCGCGGGACGGACGCCGUAACCUUACUGGAAUUGACGUGCAGCAAAAUCGGCGACGACAGCGUGACGCUGGAGAUCGCCAACGCCCCCUCGACCACCCUCCCGCUGCCGGUCAAAACCCGCCUCAUCGGGCGCGUCAGCUGCGUCCACCCGGCCCAACUGAUCCUCCGUGUCCGCCCCCAGCCCAUCGCCGGGCAGAAACUCCCGCCGUGCCCCUGGCGCAAACGCUCUAAUGACGCCUACCCGGUUCUCCGCGGACAGGACGCCAUCAUCGACAUCGACGUGUUCGAUUCGCUCGGCCGGAAACUGGACAACUUCAGCUCCUUGCAUUUCACCUGGGAGGUGUCGGAUAAACACCUCCUUGACUUGAAAGAUCCCCACGGGAUUCGGGUGCUCUGGCACGGACAGCGCAAGCACGUCGACGCCGCCGCGGGAUACAAGACCGUCCACGUGCUGGACGCCGCCGGGAAGGUGACGCUGACGGUGCACGUCGACCACUACCACCGUGACGCCCUGCACGCCGUGAAGAGCCCGGAGUCCAGUGCGCUGCCGCGGGCGCUGACGGCGGCGGUGGAGUUGGCGCUGGUGGAGCCGGCGCGCUUCCCGCAGGACCAGUUGACCGUGUUUAACUAUCCCGGGCGCGAGGAGAGCACGCGGAUCAAGGAGGGUUCGGGGUAUUUCCACCUGGUGUCCAGUAAUCCGGAUUUGGCGCGGAUUAACUACGAUGUGAAGAGCCGCAGUGUGGCCAUCGGGCCGCUGCUGGACGGAGAUUUUUCCCUGACGGCGUAUGAUUUGUGUGUGCCGGGCAAGCCGGCUGUUCUAUUCGUCACCGUGGCUGGCUUGGCUCGCAUUGAAGUGAUCGCCGGUGACAAGGUGCAGCUGGGCAGCUCCAUCGCGCUGCUGCUGCGCGCCUACGAUUCCGCCGGCCAACGCAUCCCCGUGGAUCUCUUCCCCUUACUCAAGAUCGUUCCCGUCAACACCGCUAACGUGGUGGCGCUGCGUGAAGAAGCCACCGACUCCCCCACUGAACGCCUGUAUUCCGUCCACGGCAACGCCGUCGGUCGCGCCGGCGUGGCCUUCAAAGGCACGAAGGGCAUGGCCGCUGACAUCCACAGUAACUCCGUGGAAAUCCAGGUUUUCCCGCCGCUGCACAUUGAGCCCCGCAAUAUCACCAUGAUCCCGAAAGCGCGCCUGCAACUGACGAUCGAAGGCGGUCCACAGCCGUUGAACUCUCUGCGCUUUGCCGUGCGCUCGGCGAAACUGGCCGCGGUGGACGGCGGGGGCAUCGUGGAGGCGCUCAGUACCGGCAACACGCAGAUCUAUGGAGAGAUUGUUGACGUCGACCCCGUGACCGGGAAGGACGUGGUCUAUUCCUCAGAUGAAGUUACUAUCCACGUGGUGCCCUUCAAGGGCGUCCGCAUCCGCGCUCCCCUCCGCAGCAUCGCCGUCGGCCAGGAAAUGCCAUUGGUGGCGUUCGGUCUCACAGACCAGGAGACGCCGUUCACGUUCGGCUCAACGAUGCCGAUGUACAAAUUCGUGUGGUCCAUCGACAAUCCGGAAAGUGCCGGCCUCCAGUCAGUCUACCAUUCCCUGGGCUUGGCGGUGCUGGAGGAUAACAACAUUGCCAUGCGACUGGUCGGGCGAUCGUCCGGCGCCGUCACCGUGUCCCUGUCCGCCACCGAUCCCGUCGGGAAGAUGUUCAAGGACUCUUUAGUCGUAGCGGUGGUGGAGGAGGCGCAGCUGCUGGUGCCCGCGUGCAACUGCGACAACCUGCUCAUGACGCCCAACGCCCGCCUGAAGCUGCGCACCAACAAGGACGGCAGCGCGCAGCUGACCUACCGCGUCCUGGAGGGAGCUGAUGUGGUCGGUGUGGAGGCCGGUGGACAUAUUCAGAGCGGAGCGCAGUCCGGGCGGGCGAUGCUGGUUGUGGACGUUAGCGAGAAGGAGCAGCGGACGCGGAUAGUGCGGGGCGUGCAGGUCAACGAACCGUCUUUUAUUAAGAUCAACGUGGAUAGCGCGCUGCGCAGCGGCCCGGAAGUGGCGCACAUCCCGCUAGGCAUUCCACUGCGCUUUGGCGUGACCCAUCACGAUAAUCUGGGUCGGGAAUUUCACGCGGUCUUCAGCCGACUGCAAUUCCGCACCAGUCGAAACGACAUCGUCUCCGUCAACUGGCACACCGACAGCGGCAACAGCACCCUGAUGGUGCGAGCGUCGAAAACCGGGAGCACGAUUUUGAAAGUCUGGGACGAAGAACGGUCGGGUCUGUUCGACUUCGUGCACAUCCACGUGGGCGCCGUCAUCGUGCCGCACGACGUGGAGGUUCAAGUCGGCGAGGCGGUGUGCUUCCGCUGCGGAUUGAUGUCGGCGGACGGACGGUCGGGCGUGUGGACGUCGUCGGCGCCGGGGGUCGUCAGCGUGGACCGGCAGUCGGGCAUCGCCGUGGCGGUUGGUCCUGGCCAGGCGAUCGUCUUCUACAACGUCUCCCAGACGGUCGCCUCCAAAACGACACUACUGGUGAAGCCCCCGCAGGUGGUUAGCAUUGCGGCGGCGCCGGCGGAGAAAGCCUUUAUCAGCAAUGUUGCGAAGAACGACGAGGACAGCGGCAAGUUGAGCGCGCGCGUCGUCUUCGGAAAAGGCAGCGGCCACGUGGAGUGUUCGGAUGCACAGCUUCGUUCUCUGGUCGGCGUGAAACGUGCAGCGUGGGACGACGACGAGGAAGAGCUGUUCCAGUGCGAAGUGCGCUUCAGUCGCGCCCAUCCCGGCGGCGUCACGGCGGAUGACGUCUUCUCUGUCCGGCCCGGAGUGGACGAGAAGGGCGAUUUCGUAUGUAAUGUGGAGGCGCGCCGCGGUGGCAGCCAGCCGACGGAGGAAGCGCUGAGCGGCUUCGAGGCGGACCUCGUGGUGACGGUGAAGGACACGGCGGGACACAGCAGCAGCGUCAACCUGGAGUUCCUCCCGGGAUUCUUCGUGGCCACGCCCCAAGUGCACAUCAAUCACAUCCAGACGGAGAGCGGCGUGGUGGUGGUGGCGGUCCCCGGCGUCCAGCAGACACUGCAAGUGCGCUCCUCGGACCCGUCCAUCCUGCACGUGGGCAACCCGUCGCCGGCGCCCUGGCCGGCCAGCCUCAACAUCCCCUCCAAACCCCCCAACCAGAAAGCCCCCUCAGCCUAUCUCUACCCGCUGACCCUCCAGUCCGGACCGGGAUUGGCUCAGCGCUUGUCCAGCAGCGCCCAGCCGCCCUCCGUCCUCGUGGAAUCCUUCCGCACCGGUCAGCGCACCGAAGUGCCCGUCAAGAUCCGCCUGAGUCCGGAGAUGGUGCGCGCCCUGCCGCACAGUGGAGCGACGGACUGGUGGUCCUUGUUGAUACCUACGCUGAGUAUCGGGGGCUUGUUGGCGGUGCUGUAUCUCAUCUGGAGGAUGUACCAGCAGAGCGUCGAGGAUAAACAGUACUACCGCUACCUGGCGGCCACCGGCCACGCCCCGCCCUCCGCCGCCCCCGGCCCCGGCGGCACCCCGACGGCGCGCGUGCCCCCGCUGCCGCCGCGCAGCACCCCGCCGUCGCCGCUGCGCGAACGCGGCUCGUGGUCGUCGGCGCCGGCGGAGGAGGACGACGUGCGGCUGUGGAGCAGCGCCAAGCACCUGCCCGACAGCCCCUCGCGCCGCUCCCCCGGGGCCGCCCGCAACGCCCUCUUCCGGCACUCCCCCAACACCGGACUGUAGGCGGAUGGCGUUUCUUGAUCUGUGGGGAUUUUCUUCGCAUUUUGUUUUGCCAAAGAGCUGUGAUGAACCGGAUGUCGGCAGCCGCAGUGUUUGUUUGUUUGUUGUUUUCGGGAGUAGGCCAGUGUAUUUGGCAUUUGAUUUUUUUAUCAGCGGUUGCGUGGUUUAACGGACUGACUGUGUGUUUGGCUUAUUUCCUGUUUAUUGUAUCAGCCACAGUUUUUACCGACGAAUACAGUAAUAAUAUUUGUGUAUUUUUUGCAAUAAAACACAGCAAUGAA